AUGAAACUUACUUUUAAAUCCAGGAAAAAGCAUGUUCAUCUUUUUAGGAUGUUACAUUUUAUGAGUGCUUCUAUUUUUAUUCACUAGCAUUACCAGGUAACUAAGUAUUCACUUUCCCUUGAAGAGAUAAAUUCAGAUUAACUUAUUUCUGGUGAGUAUUAUCCACGUUUUUCAUUUGGGUCCCUUAAACUGCUAAGCCAGCUCUGAAAGUAGGGGGAGCUACAAAUAAACAAACAAACAAACAAAAAACAAAUAAAUAAUAAUUCACCAAUGAGAUCAGGUGUGUCUUCAUCUGAACACCAUGACUCAAGUUUAUGAACACUGGCAUCUUGUAACAGUAUGUAUCUGUAUGGGUCAGCUGUUCCAGCUGCAGCUCAGAUCUCCCAGGGGCCUCCAAAACAAAACACAGCCUAAAGCCCAUAUAAUUUGUAUGGCAGCCAAUAUGUGCAGGGAUUUUGCCACAUUCUCUCCCUACCUCUAUUCUGCAGAACCUCUUGGGUAGAACAGCUCUGUUGCUAGUGCAGACUGACAGCAUAGCUGAAGCUUUGGGACACCCAUCUCACACAUUUGGCCAUGAUAUUUUGUCUUGAGAGGAGGAGAAUUGGGUAUUACCAUAACCCAAUUUGACUUUGCUAACGCUUUGUUCUUUAAAUGAUAUCUUAAAACUGCUUCAGAAGCAGUGAUCACGCUCAAUUUUGCAUGCUGUCAUUGGGAGCUGGAUGUUUGGGAAAUAUUUAGUGAGUAACUUUUCCUUCUGCUGGAGCUCAUUUUUCAGAUGUGGAGUCACCACUCAGCAGCCCAUCUCCCAGUUACUCUCCAAGACAGACAGAAAGCUGCCUCAGCUCCAGUCCUGACAUGUCUGAAGAGGAAGAUGCAGCCAGAAAGAAGAAAUGUGCGGACAAGCAGCACCUCCAGACAGACAAUGUCAACCUCAUCUCAGCCUCUGAAAGCACAGAGUCCCUCAAGGCUUCUCAUAAUGGAGCUGUGCCUCCCCAGCCCGGCUGCAGUCUGGCUAUGAAAGGAGACGACCAUCUUCAGCAGAAACACUCCGUUGCACACAGCAGAGAGGAAAAGAAAGAGCGCGCUGCUCCGUGCGAGGGCAGCUUGUUCCCCCAAGCCCACAAGAAAGCACAAGUCAUGCAGAGCGCAAGGAGCGAUGUUUGGGUGCAGACCGAGAGCUCUGGCCCGCAAGCAGGGAAAGUGGAUGCGGCCACCCAGUGUGACCCCAUGCGGGCGUGCAGCUGUGGGCGCUCCCUGCCCUCUGCCCGCAGCCCGCAGGGGCUGCAUCCUCCCGGCACCGCUGGAGGGCACAAAACGCCUGAGCAUGAGGCACUGCCGCCCGCACGCGGCUCGGCGGGGACAGCAGCGCUCUCCUCUGAAGCCGAGUAUCUCACUUUGGCUGACAGAACAACGCUGGACAUUUUGAACUACAUUGAUACAAUGAAGGGGAGAGAACAGCAGUGACCAGCUGAUAUGGCAUGGAAAGAAACAGAAAGAAUGCUUCCAAAUUUUGUCCUGUUCCCAGUAGGUUUCAUUUAACAGGUGUAUUUUGAUUUUUUCAACCUGGCUUGAAAAAAUAUCGUUUGUUGUCUGCUCACUUCUAAACGAUGGAUCUCUGUCUAUCAACUGCCAUCUCUGACUUUCUGUAGAUCUCAAACUGAUAACAUACGAUCAAUUUUACUAAUAGCUUAAUAAAUAUAAACCUUAGGAACUAGAUUUGCUUUCCCACUUCUAGGGUUUUGGAGUUCGAAGGUGACUUUGCUUCUUUUGAAAGGAGAGGAAAGAUUCCAUUUCACUUCAAGGCACAUCUGAUGUGACUUAGUUCAGAACUGUUGUCAAAUUCUCACCCAUUUGAAGAAGCAAAGCAGUCUUUGGUUUGUACUAAAUAUCAAAAUGGAAAUAUGAAAAUGAAACAGAAAGUGCACAGCAGCACACAUAAAGUCAAAUCCAAUUUUGAAAGAACUGCUUUAUUCACUUUUAACAAAAAAAUCCCACCAAAGCCUAACAAAAAUGUCAGCAGAAAGGCUUAAACUUCUUCCCACAGCACAUCUACGGAUUUGUUCUCUGACUGUUAACACUGACAAAUAUUUUACGUGUUUCUGUGUUUUGUCUGUGAGUUGAAAGUAUGAAAUAAUUUCCUCCUCAUUGCAGUAUUUGUGUAGGGCUGCAAAUAACAACAAAUAAACGUUUCUGAUAAUAUUCUCUCUGAGUUAUGUUCUUUCCCUUUAAAAAGAUUGGCAGCAAAGAUGGCUCACUGUGUUGCUGCCGCCAUCCACUUGCGUAUCCACACAUCU